AUGGAACCAUGGAUAGUCUCAGAUCUGGACUGUACGGUAAAGAUGUCUUCUCCGGCGAGUUUUCCGACAAGAAAGCCAUAUACGGUAACAAAGCAGCGAGAAUGGUGGACCGAUGACGAGCAUGAUAGGUUUCAAGAAGCCUUAAAGCUUUAUGGAAGAGCUUGGCAACGAAUAGAAGAACAUAUUGGAACCAAGACUGCUGUUCAAAUCAGAAGUCAUGCACAUAAAUUCUUUACAAAGGCAAGGAUUGAUCUUCUUCAUGACGAAAUUUCCACGGUAGGCAAGGAAGUAGUUGCUCUUAAAGGCAUUAGCUUCUUCUCUGGACCCAUAAGUGGCAGGACAAACUGCCAAGCAUUCCAAAAAUUUAUAAAGGAAGGAAACUUGUUCAAGCAAUUGCAAGUUAGAAGUGCAAGUAAAAUGAGGAAGAUAUUUGGUUUGGAUUAG